UCGGCGUGCGUGCGCCCCGCGCGUGCGUGUGUGCGUGCGUAGCUCUGCUUCCGCAAUCGGGAGCAGCAGCGAACGCGUCUCGUUCUCGGCGCGCAAACCGCGAGAGAUUGUCCCCUGAACAUCUAGAGAGAAGGACGGCGAGGACACGAACCUUCUCCUGCUCCUCCUCCUGAUGUGGUGGGGGUAGAGGACGCGCGCGCGCAUCACUGCGGAGAAUGCUGUCCGAUGUUGCGUUGGGGAGAGGGGGGGUGAGAGGGGGGGAUCACAACAACCGCUACCGGCCCGUUAAUGUCCACUGUGUCCACGGAUGAGACGCAGACCACGCGCUUCCGUGUAGCCUCGUGAUGGAGAAUGUCUGAGGAUUUCGGUGCGUCAUUGCGGAUUGGACCGUGCCGUAGUGUCCGCGUGCAUCUCCUCCGUGUGCGUGCGUGCGUGCGUGUGUGUGUGUGUGUGUGUCAUGGGCUGAGACGAGCCAACGAAGAGGGAUCGAAGGAACCAAAUUAGCACCUGUUAACCGAAUUGAGUUGUCCGGAAGGCUGAGAGACAUGUGAAAGAUCAUCUUCAGCCAAACGGGAUCGGCAAAGCUCACAUUAUGUGACUCCUCACACAUCACGAUAUUCCUAAUGGAUUAAUAUCCAUGCUCACCGUGCUGUGGAUUCUUCUGUGGAGUGUAUUCCCCCAGACAUUGGCACAUGGAUUUCAAGACUUCGAAAGAAGAGACAAAGACGGGGAUUUUUCUACUGCAAGAUGGUAACGAAGAGCCCUUCAACAUCCGACUUCACUUGUCCAAAGACAUUCUAACCAUACAAGAGCAAGACGUCAUUUGCGUCUCUGGGGAACCGUUCUACUCCAGCGAAAGGACUGUAACAAUACGACGGCAGACGAUUGGGGGAUUUGGGUUAAGUAUAAAGGGCGGCGCGGAACACAAGAUCCCGAUCGUGAUUUCGAAAAUAUCAAAAGAGCAGAAGGCCGAACUCUCGGGUCUUCUGUUCAUAGGAGAUGGAAUUCUCCAGAUAAACGGGAUCAACGUCAGAAGUUAUCGGCAUGAAGAAGUUGUUCAGGUGCUACGGAAUGCGGGGGAAGAAGUAACUCUGACCGUGUCUUUUCUGAAAAGGACGCCUGCCUUUUUAAAGCUGUCGCUCUGUGAAGACUGCACAUGUGUACCGAGUGACCACAGCAGUGGGACAUCAUCUCCGCUGUGUGACAGUGGCCUCCAUCUGAACUAUCACCCGAACAACACGGACACGUUGUCUUGCUCGUCUUGGCCCAUGUCCCCGGCACUGCGCUGGGAGAAGCGAUGGGUGGAUCUACGCCUCAUCCCUCUCCUCCAUGCUCGUCUUUCAAAGUACAUCCCUGGCUCUGAUAUCUGCAGGGAAAAUGCGUUUCAGGUCAUCGCCGUAGACGGGGUCUGCAGCGGAAUCAUUCAGUGUCCUAGUGCUGAAGAAUGCACCGACUGGCUUCAAGCAAUAGCAUCCAAUAUAUCUGCUCUCACAAAGCACAAUGUGAAGAAGAUUAACAGAAACUUUCCUGUGAAUCAGCAGAUUAUUUACAUGGGCUGGGUGGACGAGAAGGAGCAGGACUCGGUUCAGGAUCGCAUGUACACUCCGAAGUUCCUGGCAUUACGGGGUUCCUCCCUUUUCAAAUUCUCAGCGCCUCCAGUAACGACUUGGGACUGGACCCGGGCGGAACAAAGCUUUACCAUCUAUGAGAUCAUGUGCAAGAUCCUAAAGGACAGCGAGCUGCUGGACAAGCGACGGCAGUGUUUCAGCGUGCAGAUGGACACAGGCGAGGACACGGUGUUCAGCGUAGAGCUGGAGAGUGACCUGCUGCUCUGGGAGAAGGCCUUCCAGAUGGCCACUUUUCUCGAGGUGGAAAGAAUACAGAGCAAAACGUACGCCUGCAUUACCGAGAGCCACCUGAUGGGGCUUACCAUUGACUUCAGCAUGGGCUUCGUGUGCUUCGAUGCGGCAUCAAAGGUUGUGCUGUGGAGGUACAAGUUCUCUCAGCUCAAAGGCUCCUCAGACGAUGGCAAGAGUAAGAUCAAGUUUCUCUUCCAGAACCCAGACACGAAGCUCAUCGAAGCAAAGGAGCUGGAAUUCUCCAACCUGUUCGCCGUGCUUCACUGCAUCCAUGCGUUCUUCGCAGCCAAAGUGGCAUGUCUGGAUCCGAUGUUCGUGGGCAGCCCAAAUUCCGCAGCGGCUACAUCGGGGCCCACGCUGACUUCAGUCACCUCCCUGGGCCAAGCUUCCAGGUUGAAGUACUUGAACUGAUUGACAUUUUCGGCAGCGGAAUUCCAUAAGACAGACGGACAGACAGAGGAACAGAUAGACACUCUGCUGCGUUGCUGAAGAAUUUCAGCAGAGUCACUCUCGAUUCUUUAUCAGACCAGAGGGCCUGCUUAUAUGAAAAGACUGGUAUAAGUCAGGUGUGAUAUAUUUUGAAUAUGGAAUGUGUGUGUGUAUACACCUUAUGUUCGCAACCCUCUUCAGCAUCAAUUGAUAAUACAAACAAAAGCGAGGACCUGCGAUUUUUGGAGAACGUCACAGUGCCGUCCUGCAUAAGUAUUCAACCCCUUGACCCUGCGCCCCCAGACACACACACACACACAAAAAAAAAAGCUCCUCCGCAACAUGAAGCUACCACCACCAUGCUUCAGUGUGGAGGAAGGCGUUCUCAGGGUGAUGAGCAGCGUUUCGGUUUAUUCUAAAAUCACAUGGCACUUUACCUUCCACAGGAAGUGGACUUCCAGCUUGUCCUCGGAGAGGGGGGGUAUCUCAGCAGUUAAGGUUUUGGACUUUGAAACAGACGUCAUGUGAUCAAAUUCCAGGACCAACAAGCCCUUGAGCAAGCACCUGUACCAACUCAACUGCUGAGUUGUAAGUCGCUCUACAUAAGGGCAUCUGUCAAACGACGUAAAUAGAAAUAUUCUUCUCCAAGAGGGUUUACGAGCCCUGAAUACUUUGCACAAGGCACUGUACUUUUCAGUCAUUUUAUACACAAAAAAGAACCGUAGAAAGAAUUGGAACGACUCCCAAAUAACAAUUCCAUAUCGACGACCUGAGAUCCAGACCGUAGGGAGGACCGUGACCCAUUGUAUAAAGUCAAUCUAGUUUUAUACCAAUGAUCUGUACAUACUGGUUCUUGUUGAGUUUUUUUUUCCCAUUUAGAGCAUGAUGCUUUACCAUAAGAAGCAAAUCCAUAAGGAGUUUUUUAGCGGGCCGAGUAUGUAGCGUUCUUCAUCUCAACACCAAGCGUUUUUUCCGCCCGUUUCUUCGUUUCCAGGUUUAGUAGAAAUGCCGGUGUACAUGUCGGUGAACGUAGGUUAAGUUUACAUAAAAGGGUUUUUAUUUUUCCUUCGUAUUUUUCACCACAGUAGGUUUGCUUGUUUCUUUUCUCCGGCGAAGAUGCUCGCAAACAACAACUUCAAACCUCCUAGACCUUAUUACUACUGCAGUGCACUUUAGUCCAGCAGUUUACCCGCGCUAAGCGGAGCGUGUUCGGCGAAAAAACCUUGGCGUGUUAUCGGAGAUCCCAUUAGCUCGAUCCGAGUUGUUGGGAAAGACCAGGAAAAAAGAAAGCAAAGAAGACAAUUCGCGCUUGAAAAUAUUCCGCAGCCUCGCAGAGUCUUCAGAAGGGCGAGGUUUCUACUGAUCCUUUUAUUUUUGCCACCUGGUGAUUGUUUGAAUAAAGAUGUAUAAAUCUA